UAGGCCACUAAGGACAGCUGGGACAACGUCAACUAGACCGAUUUCCGCUGCAGACAAAAAGACACUAGGUGUCGGUGAAGCACUUUGGAAUGCCUAAUAAAGGCACCUGCGUCGUCUGUAGGUCAGUUGAACUCGGGCGGCGGCGUCCUCAGCAAGAUGUCCACAAUACGAAACUGCUUGCAUAUUCUGUGCUGCCUCUUCAUGUUCCGCCUGUGCGCCCCGUUUUUGUUUUCAGUGCAGGUGCAUGAUGCCUAUUUCUGCUUGAAUUCAAAUGACCCGAUGUUCCAGAGCCGAUGUUGCCGGUGUCCGCAACUGACCUAUAGAGCCACGCUGCAGCGGUGCGUUCAAAGGCCUGCCUGCCGUGGUGAACACGACCCAGGCCACGUGCAUUGCGGACGAGUGCUGUCGAGGCAUUCCAUACUACGCGGGAGGAAGACGGCGUCGAGGUGUGACCUGAUUUCCGGUUAUAAUGUCGCAUGCUUCAGCUCAAUGUGACUAAAGUUGCGCAAAUAAAUAAGUAAAUACUUACAAGUAUUUCAAUAAGUAUAAGUAAUUAAGUAUAUAUACGUAUUGAUUAGUAGUAUUAUUAGCUAUUAGUAUUAUUCGUUAUUUAUUAGUAUACGUAUAUCAGCAUUUAGUUAUAAGUAUAAGUAUGUAAAGUAUAAAGCGUAAAUAAAUACAUAUUUACGAUG